GCAUGCUAAUGAGGGGGCGGCCGCCGCAGCCCAUUGGCCGGCAGCGGAGUGUCGGUGAAGUCAGCGCCGAGUCCCAGAAAAACAGAGCGGGGCCAACUGCAGCGUGUAGUGCGAGUGGGGCAGGACGCGCGCCGCCCGCCCGGAGACCCGCAAGGAACUGACAUUUGUUGGAAGAGUUUGUGAAACCUUCUCUCUGUCCAGAGCUCAAGACCAAUGCAUCCCACCACCUUAAACCACUGAGCAUUUCGGAGCCCCAGUAGCAGAAGACUUGUCCUGUUACCACCAUGAGCUCUGAAUGUGACGUUGGUGCUUCUAAAGCUGUGGUCAACGGGCUGGCGCCAGGCAGCAAUGGGCAGGACAAAGACAUGGAUCCUACAAAAAUCUGCACGGGGAAGGGAGCGGUGACUCUCCGGGCCUCGUCUUCCUACAGGGAAAUCCCGAGCAGUGGCCCCACAAGCCCUCAGGAAACCCCGCAGCAUGAGAGCAAGCCAGAUGAGUGGAGGCUUUCUUCCAAUGCGGAUGCCAAUGGAAACGCCCAGCCCUCCUCACUUGCUGCCAAGGGCUACAGAAGUGUGCAUCCCAACCUUCCUUCCGACAAGCCCCAGGAUUCAGGUCCUCUACUAAAUGAAGUUUCUUCAUCCCACGUGGGAACCGAUCCCCAGAGCUCUGCGCCAGCUAGCAAGCCAUCUUCUGCCUACCCCUCUACGACAAUUGUCAAUCCUACUAUUGUACUCUUGCAACACAACCGAGAACAGCAAAAACGACUCAGUAGCCUUUCAGAUCCUGUGUCAGAAAGAAGAGUGGGAGAGCAGGACUUGGCACCAACACAGGAGAAGCCCACCUCACCUGGGAGGGCUACUGAGAAAAAGGUGAAGGAUGACAGUAGACGGGUGGCCAGGAGCGCUCAGGACCUGAGCGAUGUUUCCAUGGAUGAUGUGGGCAUCCCACUCCGGAACACCGAGAGAUCCAAAGACUGGUACAAGACCAUGUUUAAACAGAUCCACAAACUAAACAGAGAUGAUGAUUCAGAUCUGUACUCACCUCGGUACUCCUUUUCUGAAGACACAAAAUCCCCCCUUUCUGUGCCUCGCUCAAAAAGUGAGAUGAGCUACAUCGACGGCGAGAAGGUGGUUAAGAGGUCGGCCACGCUUCCCCUUCCAGCCCGCUCUUCCUCACUAAAAUCAAGCCCAGAGAGAAACGACUGGGAGCCCCCAGAUAAGAAAGUGGAUACAAGGAAAUACCGCGCAGAGCCCAAAAGCAUUUACGACUACCAGCCGGGCAAGUCUUCUGUUCUGACCAACGAAAAGAUGAGUCGGGAUAUAAGCCCAGAAGAGAUAGAUUUAAAGAAUGAACCUUGGUAUAAAUUCUUUUCGGAAUUGGAGUUUGGGAAACCGCCUCCCAAAAAGAUAUGGGAUUAUACUCCUGGAGACUGCUCUAUCCUUCCUAGAGAGGAUAGAAAGACUAAUCUAGAAAAAGAUCUCAACCUCUGCCCAGCAGAGUUAGAGGCACAUUUAGAAAACACGGAGACGCUUAAUAAAGCACCCAGUGCAAACCUGUCCCAGAGCUCGGCAGUCAGCCCCAGCCCGGAUAUUUCUGCGGAGGCUCCUGGAUAUAUCUAUUCUUCCAACUUCCACGCAGUGAAGAGGGAAUCAGAUGGGGCUCCUGGGGAUCUCGCUAGCUUGGAGAAUGAGAGGCAGAUUUAUAAGAGCGUCUUGGAAGGUGGAGACAUCCCUCUCCAGGGCCUGAGCGGGCUCAAGCGACCCUCCAGCUCAGCCUCCACUAAAGUGGAUCGUAAAGGUGGGAAUGCUCACAUGAUUUCUUCAUCUUCAGUUCCUAGCCGAACGGUUAGCUCUAGCAAUGCAUUAGGCCCCAUGUGUAAGCACAAGAAACCCCUGUCCGCUGCAAAGGCCUGCAUUUCGGAAAUCCUUCCCUCCAAAUUCAAACCCAGGCUCUCCGCUCCCAGCGCUCUUUUACAGGAACAGAAGAGUGUCUUAUUGCCGGCAGAAAAGGCUCAGAGCUGUGAGAACCUUUGUGUUUCACUGUCUCUGAAUGAUUCCAAAAGAGGUCUCCCCCUCCGAGUGGGGGGGAGCAUCGAGAACCUGCUCACGCGCUCCCGGCGAGAGUGGGACAGCAAGUCGAGCAGCACCGUGAGCCUCCAGGAAUACGGCACUGGCACCAGGAGGCCCUGCCCUCUCUCCAGAAAGGCCGGGAUGCAGUUCACCAUGUUAUACCGGGACAUGCACCACAUCAACCGAGCUGGUCUCUUCCUGGGCUCCAUCUCCUCCUCAAGCGUGCGAGACCUCGCCUCCCACUUCGAAAGGAACAGCCUGGCGUUGGCCAGGGGAGAGCUGGGCUCUAGCCAGGAGGGCUCGGAACACAUCCCCAAGCACACCGUCUCCUCCCGCAUCACAGCAUUUGAGCAGCUGAUUCAGCGGUCGAGGUCCAUGCCGUCCCUAGACCUGUCUGGAAGGCUAAGCAAGUCCCCCACGCCUGUGCUGUCCCGGAGUGGCCUGACCUCAGCCCGCUCGGCUGAGUCCCUCCUGGAGUCGACCAAGCUGCGACCCCGGGAGUUGGAUGGGAUGAACCCGGGGGGGCUCUAUGCCACCCCAACAUGCAGCAACAUGGUCGAGCCCCCUUUGGGCUUCAGGGGCCUUGCGCCUUCUGAGCCCCUCUCUGCCUGCUCUGACGAGCUCGACCACUGUUCAAACAUCUCCAGCGACAGCAGAGAGGGCAGCAGCAGCAGUGUCCACGGAGACUUUCCCAAGCACCGCCUCACCAAGUGCAAGGGCACCUGCCCGGCCUCCUAUACCCGCUUCACCACCAUCCGAAAGCACGAGCAGCAGCAGACGUCCAGACAGUCUGACUGGCGCCCAGAUCUCAGGGGGGACAGGAGCACGCUCCUCAGGAACAUCUACCUAAUGAGCCCCCUCCCUUUCCGAUUGAAAAAGCCCCUCCAGUCCCACCCUAGGCAGCCUCCCCCUGGUGACUUCUCAGCUCCUCAGGCCGGCCAGAAGCCAGACCUCCCCAGCCAGCCCCAGCAGGACGAGACCCCCUCUGGGGGGAAGCCCUCGGUUCCCAAACGCCUGUCUUCCCGACACACCAUGGCGAGGCUAGGCCGGAUCUUGGAGCCCCCUCAGGGGAGACCCGCAGUCCCAGAUGACUGCCUGAGGGCCUUUCAUAAUGGCAACUCCGUGCCGUACUCAGACCCCGGCCUGGACAGGAACAACAACCCACACAGUGAACUGGGAACGUCCCUCGGAGAUUCGGAGUCACCAAGGCAUUUUAUACCUGCUGAUUAUUUGGAAUCCACGGAAGAAUUUAUUCGGAGGCGUCAUGAUGAUAAAGAGAAACUUUUAGCGGACCAGAGACGACUUAAGCGUGAGCAAGAAGAGGCCGAUAUCGCAGCUCGUCGCCACACGGGCGUCAUCCCGACGCACCAUCAGUUUAUCACUAAUGAGCGCUUUGGGGACCUCCUCAAUAUAGACGAUACGGCCAAAAGGAAAUCUGGGUCAGAGAUGAGACCUGCCAGAGCCAAAUUUGACUUUAAAGCUCAGACCCUCAAGGAGCUUCCUCUGCAGAAGGGGGACAUCGUGUACAUCUACAAGCAGAUCGACCAGAACUGGUACGAAGGAGAGCACCACGGCCGGGUGGGCAUCUUCCCGCGCUCCUACAUCGAGCUUCUUCCUCCUGCUGAGAAGGCUCAGCCCAAGAAGUUGGCGCCGGUGCAGGUUUUGGAAUACGGAGAAGCUGUUGCCAAGUUCAACUUCAAUGGUGAUACGCAAGUAGAAAUGUCCUUCAGAAAGGGCGAGAGGAUCACGCUGCUCCGACAGGUGGACGAGAACUGGUACGAAGGGAGGAUCCCAGGGACGUCCCGGCAGGGCAUCUUCCCCAUCACCUACGUGGACGUGAUCAAGCGGCCCCUGGUGAAAAACCCCGUGGAUUACAUCGACCUGCCUUUCUCCUCCUCCCCAAGUCGCAGCGGCACCGCGAGCCCGCAGUUUGCCAGUCACAGCAAGCUCCUCGUGCCGGCCCCCUCAUCCCUGCCCCACCCCCACCGAGCCCUGUCCCCGGAGAUGCACGCUGUCACCUCGGAGUGGAUCUCCCUGACUGUUGGGGUCCCAGGCAGGCGGCCUCUGGCCCUGACCCCACCCCUGCCUCCUCUUCCAGAAACUUCUGUCUAUAACACGGACCCCCUCUCCUCGUGGGCAAGACCGGGUUCCUCUCUCUCUCUCAGCCUUCCCCAUUCGAGCUGGUCCGAUCGAUCCGCCCCACGCUCGCUGGCUGCCCCGCUGGCCCUUCCUCCCUCCCACAAAGCUGCCUCCUUGGCACCCGGAGCUCCCACCUUCCUUCACGUCAACGGGGACAGUGGUGUCCACAUGCCACCCCCAGGUGUCCACCAAGAUAGCUUCCCGCAGCUGCUGCCGGGGAGCUCUGAUAGGGUCAUCUCGGAGCUCAGCAACGCCUUUAGCAGCCAGGGUAAGCGGCAGCCGAGGCGAGAAGAGCGCGGACAGUGUGAGAGGAGAGCAGAGCGGGAGGCAGGUGAGCGAUACCCCGGAGCACCCAGGAUCUCUAAGAAGAGCUGCUUGAGACCUUCAGACGUGGUCAGGUGCCUGAGCGCGGACCAGAGACUCUCAGACCUCCGUGCGCCCGAGGAGAGCCGGCCCGGCAAGCCCCCGGGUAGCCCUUUUCCGGGAAGGGAGGCUGAGCAGACAGAGCUGCAUAGAGGUGGCGAGCAGGCCGAGAGGAGGGCCGCUCGGAGUGCUGGGAGCCAGGAAGCAGUUUGCAAUGAGAUCAUAAACAUUGCCGAAAAAUCUGUUCAUUACUGCAGCACUGUCUCUCAUCCCCUUGACUUUCAUCACAAGGUAUCCCCUUCUGACAAUAAAUCAUCUUUAAUCAUUUCUCAGCAACCUCAAGCCCAGCAGCGAAGAGUCACCCCAGAUAGGAGUCAAACCUCACAAGAUUUGUUUAGCUACCAAGCAUUGUAUAGCUAUAUACCCCAGAAUGAUGAUGAAUUGGAACUCCGAGAUGGAGAUAUUGUUGAUGUCAUGGAAAAAUGUGAUGAUGGAUGGUUCGUUGGUACUUCAAGAAGGACAAGGCAAUUUGGUACUUUUCCAGGCAACUAUGUAAAGCCUUUGUAUCUAUAAGAAGAUUGAAAACCGGAGAUUAUUUUUUCUUGGAGGAUGAAACAUAACUCGUGAACUGGUCUCUUUAUUUAAAUGUUGAGUCGGUAGGAAAACUAAUGCAGUGGAUAAAGUAAGAAGCAAAAGAGAGGGACAGAGAAGUGUUGUGUCUAAAGGCCGAGUCUGUCUACGCUGACAGCAUAUCAGGCAAGCCGGACUGAGGAAAAAGGAAUGAGGCAAGUCUGUAUUUACUUAGCUGCUUCUGGGAGCCACUCCAAGCCUUCCCCGCCUCUCCCCCUUCUUGGGUAAUCUGACCUGUAACACAGUCCAGGAUCAGUGAGGUCAGAAAUGCCUCUUGCUGCCCUGGCCUUGACCAGCUCUGGCUCGACGUGGCCAUUUAGCCAGAAGCAGUCCUCGGGACACCAGGCAGAUCCCCAGCCGUUCUCCAAAGGCUCCAUACCCCAGCCACCCCAGCAGAGCCCACCGGUUUCCCAACGUUGCUGGAAAUCUGCUUAGGCGGCUGAGGCCUCCCCUGGACAGUGGUGGAGGCUACCAGGCUCUCCAAGACCAUGUGCCUCGUUCCCGGGGAACAUGGGGCAAUGGAGGGAGCGUGGAGGUGCCCUGUGCACUGAGCCUGCACGCACCAUGGCCCUCGACGCCCCUGGUGUUCAGACUGAAAAGCACAUGAGGUUUGCUGGUGGAAGUGGGGUGCCCAGGUCAGGUAGUUAAAGUUGUGUUUUCAAGUGAUGACGUUAGGAAGUUCUGUAGCUAUCAAGGUCGCUUGCGACGUGACCCUUUCCCAUAUCACUGACUUGUAAAUGGUCACCUUUGGCACAAUUUCAUUUACCAGAAUGCCAGUGCUAACCUUUCUUUUCUGGAUUGUUUUUGGUCAGGGCAUUUUGAGGUGGCUAGGCCUGUUCUCUCAGAGAACCAGGGAUGGCGUUCAGUGAAUCGUUGAACAGACACCAUCGCACGUUGGACGCUGGCGCCACCAAGGAGCAGGACAUGCCCCACGCCCUAGACUCACUGUGUCCUCAUUUGUACUCCCCGAAGCAGGUUCAGGAAACGCCCAUGAGGUAGUCACCCAGUAUCCUCACCCCGGUGAGGCUUCUCUUCAGAGCAGAAGGCACAGAAGCUGUGGCCCUAUAUGUGAGGCCCUAUGUGUGAGGUAGUGAUUCUGCCGCUCCCAGGAGGUCUGUCCUCUGUGGGGCCAUGUGGGAGGAAGGAGGCCCCUGUAACACCCGGGUGCUCAGUCACAACUCCAUCCAUCUUAAGGAUGUUGGUCAGCCUCUCUGUUAGAUCCGUUGAAGAAAUAGGGACUGGCCCACCUGCCUGUCGGGUACUCACAGGUGACGAGAGAGGCAGACACACAAAACUACUGGGUCAAGAGAGACCAUGAUAUGUGCUGAGAAGGGUAUGAGAGAGAGGAGGAGGUUAUCUUUCCCUGGAGAGACUCUAGAAAGCAUUGUCGUGUUUCUCUCUCCAUGAGCUCACUCUUAAACAACUAGGCUGCUGGAAGAACCUUUGUCUGAGGGUAGUUUAUGGCCAGAAAUUCUUGGAACUUUUCCAGAGUCUUCAGACUCUCAUCCUCCCCACAAAUACACAUCCAAGGUCACAAAUAAGAACAGCAUUUCUAGGUAGGUGGACUGUGUACAGGAAUCCUGGCUCUCUGCAUAUAGCUCAGAAUUGCCCCCCAACCAUCGUCCCAGAGUUUGGAGUCCUUACAAGGAGGCAGAGUCUGUCUUCAGUGCCUCUGCCUCACCUUCUGUCUCUGCCACUCACCUGCCACCCAUCAGCUCUGCACCCCUGUGCCCUCCUCAGACAGCCUCAUUCUCUCCCUGUCCUCCUUUCAAGUCCUCGUCUCAGGAAAGAAAAUGCUGCUGACUCCUUCACACUAGAGUGUAAAUGACUGAAAAGAGGAAUGUGUUAACUUCUUCCUGGAGACAUUUGUUUUUAACUAGGACAGAGAAGAGCCUUAACCCCAAGGGAUGAGGCUAUGGAACUAAUGGUGGGGGUAGGGGUGCCGGUGGUGGGGGAGGAGCUUCCUGGGUAGAAGGAGCCUCUCUGAGUCUUUGAAUCAGACUCCCUGCUUUGGAAGGGCCACUUCCCCUGGGGGUGCUGUUUGACUCUCUCUGAGGGAAUAUAGUGCAAGUGCAUAUGCACGUGCGUUUUGCACGACAGCAUUUCACUCAUUUUUGGAAUGUAACUCCUAUAUUGGCUAACGUGUUUCCUGGUCUGUCAUAGAUGCAAACCAUUACUAAUAAUCUUAAUCUAAUAGUUCUGUUUUUUUUUUUUUUUGAGGGGUGCUUCUUGAUUCAGUAGGUAAUUUUGAACACCUCUUUAAAUACAGCUAGAAAAUAAAACCAAUUUGUAAAGCCACAUUCACGUAUGAUGCCAGCCUCACGCAUUUGUAGAUCUCCAGAAACCCAGGUAUGCCUCACCGAUUUGCCAGUCUUUAACAAAAUCAUGUCAAAAUUUGCAUCAAACUUCAGCUUCCUAUGUAUGAUGAAACAAGGAACCAAGGUUUCCAAUUGCUCUUUUGUCCUCAGACAUUUAGUAAUAUAAAAUACCUAUUUUUAUGCGAGAUAUUUAUACAGGUUUAUUAGUAGCAAACGCAACUAACUGGCACCCUGCCUUGCAACACAUUUUGAUAUAUUCGCCAUGCUUCUGGGUAAAGGCAAGCCCCAACUACUUAUCUUUUGCAGUCUCUCUCGGAUCAGUAAAAGAAAAAAAAAUCAUAUGCGUAAGAAGUAGGACUGUAAAUAUGUAUAUUUAACUUUGUAUAGCCCAUGUACCUACUUUGUAUAGAAAAAUAAUUUUAAAAAUUUGAACUGAAGGGGGGUAAAAUAAGGAAGUCAUGAAGUUUUUUGCAUUUUUAUUUAAAUGAAGGAAUUCCAAAUAAUUCACCUGCAGAUUUUUAGCACAAGAAUAGCCAUUGUAAAGUGUUAAAAUUUCAAAUAAUCAUUCUUUCUGGGAGAGAAGGUAAUUGUUAUCUCAGUUAUAGGUUUUUUUGUUUUUUUUUUUUUAAUUUUGUUUUUGAUUUAUUUUUUGCAGUCCUAUUUAUCUAUAGUAGGUAUAAGUUCUUUUGCUAGAAUAGGUCACUACAGAGAAGAUUAUAUUCUGAGAGAAAAAUAACUGACAUUAUACAUAACCAAUUAAUUUAAAGUGUUGCCAUUUUAAUCACACACGGAGAGCAUGUACUAUGCCGAAACAGAUUGUUCUCUUCAUUUAUUUUUCUUUAUUGCCGUGGAUCGAUUUGAUAAAUGGGUGUGUUGAGAUACUACAUUUGCUGUACGUAUUAUUUAAUAAACUUUAUUCAGAAUUGCGUGGCA